UGCCAGAAUCUGUAACUGUAACUUCACGUCUAACAGCUAGAGGGCCGUGCUCAAACGUUUGACCCCACCCCCGUUGGACACGGCCACGAAGGGCACGUCUGCAGACACUGGCUUCCCGAGAUGGCCAUACGCAGUCUUUUGUUUACGAGUAAAUGUCUUUGUGAUUCUUUUUGGUUGCAUCCAUGUAUACUGAACAAUAACAGGUUCUCAGCUUGCUUCUUUAGCACAGCAGCCGAACAGCAUAACGCAGGGGAUGAUUUUCAUGGUGAUGACUCAAAUGAUGAUGAGAGCCAUUCUAUCACCCAUGUCAGAAUGCUGGAGAUGAGGGCCAGCAAACUGAAAGAACAAGUUCGGGACAUCACGGAAAGAUAUAAGCGAGCCCUGGCAGAUUCUGACAAUGUCCGCAGAAGGACUCAGAAGUUUGUUGAGGAUGCAAAACUGUUUGGGAUUCAGAGUUUUUGCCGCGACCUGGUAGAGGUAGCAGACCUCCUUGAACAGACGGCUGGGUUGGCAGAGGGGUCAGAGGCCCAAAGACACUUCCAGGGGCUGAAACACAUACAGGGCAGACUGCAGGAUGUCUUCACUAAACAUGGACUGGAGAAGAUGAAUCCAGUGGGCGGCACUUACGACCCGUACCAACAUGAUAUAGCGUGCCGCAUGCCAGCAGAGGGGGUAGAGCCUGGCACUAUCACCGUGGUAAAACAGAAUGGCUACACGCUACAUGGGCGCACCAUUCGGCAUGCACACGUAGCCAUUUCUGUGAAGACACAAGAAUAGUCUUUGGUGGUGGUUUGACAUGCCCCAGGGAGACUGGAAAAAAAGGUGUAACACAAUGCCACCUUAGGAAGUUGUUAUCUUUUUCCACAUAAUUUCUGCGUCAGAAUUUUGUUGUUUCAUUUUGAUUGAUAUUGUUCGUUACCCUGAGAGUUGUUAGUACUCAAUGGGUCAUAACCUUCAUGAAAAUGUACCACAGCAAGACCUUCAACAUGAGGCCUAAUGUCCUACAACAACAACAAUCAAAACAUAUAAAACUGUUCAUUCAUUUUGAAGGGAGUGACUAAUAAAGUUUACUGUAAAAUGUAAAAUUAAUUUUGUACAUACAAGUGACUGACCGUUUAGUGGGUGUGCACAAUUUUUUGUGUGUUAUGAAUGUGAACAGCCACUAAUAUUCAGAUUGAGGUCAGAUUGAUGUAACAGUUUUAAUCACAAUCGAAGCAUUGAAGGUUAUGUUUUCAGUUUGGUUUGUUCAGUGGUUCCCAAACUUUCAUAGCAGGCCCCUCUUUUACAAUGAGAAAGAUGUUGCAUAGCUUUUCUUUAACACUGUUUCUACAUUUGAACAGUUGAUUGAAGCAUUUUUCUUAAAUACUUUUUCAGUGAAACAUUUUUUAAGUUGAUUAGAUGAGAGCAAUCCUGGCUGGAUCAAAUAUGGUAUUAUCAUUGGCUAUGUAUUGCUUCAGUCUUUGAAAUGGUUCACUUUAGGCACAUGUCUGUUGUAUUAAUAUUUAGGCUACCCAUCACUUCUAACAUAUAGGCUAAGCAGUUGGCCCUGACUGUAUUAUUUAAGUACAAAGUAGGCUAUAAUUGCCUCCUACUAUGCUGCCAUAGAUAAUUGGACUAGUAGUCGAUUGUUUAGGGUUUAUACUAUAGUGCAAGAGCACUGCCAUAUAUAAUUGGACUAAUACUCGGUUGUUUAGGGCUUAUAGUGUAAGAGCACUGUCAUAGAUAAUUGGACUAAUACUCGAUUGUUUAGGGCUUAUAGUGUAAGAGCACUGCCAUAGAUAAUUGGACUGGUAGUCGACUGUUUAGGGUUUUCUUUCAAUUUUUUUCACCCUCAACUCAUCCCCCUUGCUGCGGCUCCGAAUCCCCCCUCUAAAUAAAAAAAAAAAAUUUAUGGAAAUUAUAUGCAUAUACAAAACUCUGAUUUUUGAGAAUGUGAUGGGCUUUAUUGUACUGGAGAUGUGAGAAUCUGCAGGUAUCCCUCAUGCUGAAUGGUUUUGUAUGCAGCUGAAGUGUAAGUGACAUGUUGUGUGUGGAUAGAAAAAUAAACAUUUGUUUUAUUACA